AUCCAUUCUAUGACAUCAUCCUCUCUCUCAUUCCCACUCCUCCCUGAUCAGCUGCUCUGCAAACAACCAUCAAUCUGAAUCCCAAAGGCCUGAGAAAGUCUGUUCUCCAAUACCUGCUGCUGAUCUUCUGUCUCACCCAGCAAGAAGCACCAUGAAAUUGGAAUUCACCGAGAAAAACUACAACAGCUUCAUACUGCAGAACCUGAACAAACAGAGAAAACGCAAAGAGUACUGGGACAUAGCCCUGACUGUGGACCACCAUGUCUUCUUUGCACAUCGCAAUGUGCUGGCUGCAGUCUCCCCGCUGGUGAAGAACCUCAUCUCCAGCCAUGACAUGAAGACCACCGAUGAGCUCUUUAUCACCAUUGACCCCAACUACCUGAGUCCGACCACAGUGGACCAGCUCCUAGACUACUUCUACAGCGGCAAGGUGGUGAUCUCAGAACAGAAUGUGGAAGAGCUCCUUCGUGGGGCCCAGUAUUUCAACACACCCCGCCUUCGAAUUCACUGCAAUGACUUCCUGAUCAAGUCCAUCCGCCGUGCCAACUGCUUGCGCUACCUCUUCUUGGCUGAGUUGUUUGAGCUCAAAGAGGUGUCAGACUUGGCCUACUCUGGCAUUCGUGACAACUUCCACUACUGGGCCAGUCCUGAGGGCUGCGUGCACUUCAUGCGCUGUCCACCUGUCAUCUUCGGCCGCCUGCUCCGAGAUGAAAACUUGCACGUACUCAACGAAGACCAGGCUCUCAACGCACUUAUCAAUUGGGUAUGCUUCCGGAAGGAUGAGCGGGAGAAGUAUUUCAAGAAGUUCUUCAAUUACAUCAACCUCAAUGCUGUCUCCAACAAGACGCUAAUGUAUGCCAGCAACAAGCUGCUGUGCAUGGAGAACAGCUCAGCCCACUCAACCCUGAUUGAAAGUGUCCUUGUGGACCGCAAGCAGGAGAGGCCGACCAGCCUGCUGAGCUACCAGCGCAAAGGGGCCCUGCUUGAUUCAGUGGUCAUCCUAGGGGGCCAGAAGGCCCAUGGCAAGUUCAACGAUGGCGUGUUUGCUUACAUCAUCCAGGAGAACCUGUGGUUGAAGCUCUCAGAGAUGCCCUACCGCGCAGCGGCACUGAGCGCCACCUCUGCCGGCCGCUACAUCUACAUCUCUGGUGGAACCACGGAGCAGAUUUCGGGGCUGAAGACGGCUUGGCGGUAUGACAUGGAUGACAACUCCUGGACCAAGCUGCCUGACCUGCCAAUUGGGCUUGUCUUCCACACCAUGGUGACCUGCGGGGGAACAGUGUACUCGGUGGGGGGCAGCAUCGCCCCGAGGCGCUAUGUCUCUAACAUCUACCGCUAUGAUGAGCGCAAGGAGGCCUGGUGCCUGGCAGGGAAGAUGAGCAUUCCCAUGGACGGCACAGCGGUGAUCACCAAGGGGGACCGGAACCUGUAUAUUGUCACUGGGCGCUGCUUGGUGAAGGGUUACAUCUCCCGGGUCGGGGUGGUGGACUGCUUCGACACCAACACUGGGGAGGUGGUCCAGUGCAUCACCUUUCCCAUUGAGUUCAACCACCGGCCCCUGCUCUCUUUCCAUCAGGACAACAUCCUCUGCGUGUACAGCCACCGGCAGAGUGUGGAGAUCAACCUGCAGAAGGUGAAGGCCAGCAAGACGACCAGCUCCGUGCCUCUUUUGCCCAACAGCUGCCCCUUGGAUGUGUCCCAUGCUAUAUGCUCUGUGGGAGACAACAGAGUGUUUGUGUGCGGAGGUGUCACCACAGCCAGUGACGUCCAGACAAAGGACUAUACCAUCAACCCAAACGCCUACCUGCUGGACCAAAAGGCAGGCGAGUGGAAGACCCUAGCCCCCCCACCGGAGGCGUUGGACUGUCCUGCCUGCUGUCUAGCCAAGCUACCUUGCAAGAUUCUUCAAAGGAUUUAAACAACUUUUUAAGUGGGAGAAUAAGUAAAUGCAUUAUUAUUCACAAUUUAAUGAGAGAAAAAGCGAGGAAGGUGGUGGUUCCUU